AUGGAUGAAAAUGUUAAAUACUUGUAUCCAAAUGAUGAAGAAGAAAUUGAAAGAUUAGAAAAUCAAUAUUAUUUACUUAAAGAAAAAUGGAAUGCGACAUUCUUGUCACCUGUAGCACCUAAGUUGCUUGCUGGUGGCAAAGUAUUGGAUAUUGGCAUUGUUUAUAAUAAAGGACCUGUUAUACAAAGACUAGAUGCUAGCAUGACAAAUUUUCUAAUUUCACAAGGAUUAUCACCAAACGUUAAUAAAAUAUUACCAGAAUUAUUAAAUUCUUCUGAUAAAAUAAUAGAUGUAAGAUAUGAUGAAAAAACUUUACCGCUUGGUAUCUGGGGUGGGAGAUUAGGAUCUGUGACACUUGAGGUGUUUAUGAUAGAAUUGAGAGCAAUUAGGAACAGAAUACAGAGUGAAAUGGGGAUUAGUAAUGAACAUUAUGAUGCAUUAAUGGAGGCAUUUGUUGUGGAAGUUAACAAAUUUAAAUCUUAUAUAAAGCCAUUUAGAUUUUAUGCACAAAAAAGAAAUUUUUAA